CGAAGUGAUAAAGAUCUGAACGUGUGAUCACCGCGAUUGCGACCUUUCGCUAGGAGAGUUCCGUUACACGUCCCUAACAUCUGACGAUCAGAGGGCUGUGGCUGAAGGAGAUGAGGAGCAGCUUGUGAGAAAAGCAUUAACACAACCUGUGGAGCUGAUCGUGACCAGAUAGAUCAUGGCCACGAGGUGCUUCCUCCUCCUUGGGCUUCUUUGGGGCUUAGCAGCAGAGGGACAGCUGAUUGGGGGCGGCAACAGCAGACUUAGCGGAGUCCUUCCUCCACCCAGCUGUGUCACUAAAGGACAGCAGCUGCGGAGAGGGGCAUGUGCGGCCUUUGUGGACUACUUUGUGGGCAACUCGCAAUGCAGCUUGCAAGGGCAAGGAUUCAAGGAUGUAGUCAAGCAGUCACCGCAGCCUUCCUCACAGUGCUGUUCAGAUGCUUUGGACUUUAUCAACAAUAGCUGCCCCUGCAAUUCGGCAGUGAUCAACAGUGCAGACAUCAUUGAUUGGGACCAAGGGUCCAUAAAUUGCGUGGCGCGUGCGACGCUGGUUUCAAGUGUGUGCAACCCUUCUGGCAACCAGGGGAACCCCUGCGGAAGCUGAGCAGAACACUCUCUUGAAGUAUCAGAUGCAAAGUAGUCGAGACACAGUCAAGUACCUUGUAGAUUCAGUUCGGCUGAUUUAUCAACACAUGAGCAUGACUGGUUAGGUGAUGCAGUGCAGAACGCAUAAUGGAAGAGUUGACCAACUGCAUGCUCCCAGGUCUUUUACUUUUCAACAAAUUGAAAGACGUAAUCUAUAGAUCUAAGCUAUCACGCCCAACCUGAAGUCAUCAAAAUGUGCUGUAUACCACUGAAUG